UGAUGGAGAGCGAUCCACGCAGAGGUAUGGCCUCACAAGUCUUGGUCUACCCACCAUACGUUUAUCAAACUCAGUCAAGUGCCUUUUGUAGUGUGAAGAAACUCAAAGUAGAGCCAAGCAGUUGUGUUUUCCAGGAAAGAAACUAUCCACGGACCUAUGUGAAUGGUAGAAACUUUGGAAAUUCUCAUCCUCUCACAAAGGGUAGUGCUUUUCAGACAAAGAUACCAUUUAAUAGACCUCGAGGACACAGUUUUUCAUUGCAGACAAGUGCUGUUGUUUUCAAAAACACUGCAGGUGCUACAAAGGUCAUAGCAACUCCAGUGCAGCAAGCCUCAGUAGAGGUACCUCAGAUUGGGGCGUGGCGACACAGGUUACAUUUCCUAGAGGGCCCCCAGCGAUGUGGAUUGAAGCGCAAGAGUGAGGAAUUGGAUAAUCAUAGCAGCGCAAUGCAGAUUGUCGAUGAACUGUCCAUACUUCCUGCAAUGUUGCAAACCAACAUGGGAAAUCCAGUGACAGUUGUGACAGCUACCACAGGAUCAAAACAGAAUUGUACCACUGGAGAAGGUGACUAUCAGUUAGUACAACACGAAGUCUUAUGUUCCAUAAAGAACACGUAUGAAGUCCUUGAUUUUCUGGGUCGAGGCACUUUUGGUCAGGUUGUUAAGUGCUGGAAAAGAGGGACAAAUGAAAUUGUAGCAAUCAAAAUUUUGAAGAAUCACCCUUCUUAUGCUCGUCAAGGUCAAAUAGAAGUGAGCAUAUUGGCAAGGCUCAGCACUGAAAAUGCUGAUGAAUAUAACUUCGUACGAGCUUAUGAAUGCUUUCAGCACCGUAACCAUACUUGCUUAGUCUUUGAGAUGCUGGAACAAAACUUGUAUGAUUUUCUGAAACAAAAUAAAUUCAGUCCUCUGCCACUAAAAGUGAUUCGGCCCAUUCUUCAACAAGUAGCCACUGCACUGAAAAAAUUGAAAAGUCUCGGGUUAAUUCAUGCUGACCUCAAACCAGAGAAUAUUAUGUUGGUGGAUCCUGUUCGGCAGCCCUACAGGGUUAAAGUAAUAGACUUUGGGUCGGCUAGUCAUGUAUCAAAGACUGUUUGUUCAACAUACCUACAAUCCCGGUACUACAGAGCUCCAGAGAUUAUAUUGGGGUUGCCAUUUUGUGAAGCCAUAGACAUGUGGUCAUUGGGAUGUGUGAUUGCAGAAUUGUUCCUUGGAUGGCCACUCUACCCUGGAGCCUUGGAGUAUGAUCAGAUUCGAUACAUUUCUCAGACUCAAGGUUUGCCAGGAGAACAGUUGUUAAAUGUGGGUACAAAGUCCACAAGAUUUUUUUGCAGAGAAACAGAUAUGUCUCGUUCUGGUUGGAGAUUAAAGACACUGGAAGAACAUGAAACAGAGACAGGAAUGAAGUCUAAAGAAGCCAGAAAGUACAUAUUCAAUAGUCUGGAUGAUAUAGUGCAUGUGAACACAGUGAUGGAUUUGGAAGGAAGUGAUCUUUUGGCUGAGAAAGCUGAUAGAAGAGAAUUUGUUAGUCUGUUGAAGAAAAUGUUGCUGAUUGAUGCAGAUUUAAGAAUUACUCCAGCUGAGACACUGAACCAUCCUUUUGUUAAUAUGAAGCAUCUUCUAGAUUUCCCUCAUAGCAACCAUGUAAAGGCCUGUUUUCAUAUUAUGGAUAUUUGUAAAUCCCACCCAAAUUCAUGUGACACAAAUAAUCACAAUAAAACUUCACUUUUAAGACCAGUUGCUUCAAGUAGUGCUGCUACUCUACCAGCAAAUUUUACUAAAAUUGGAACAUUAAGAAGUCAGGCAUUGACCACGUCUGCUCAUUCAGUUGUGCACCAUGGAAUACCUCUGCAAGCAGGAACUGCACAGUUUGGGUGUGGUGAUGCUUUUCAGCAGACCUUGAUUAUCUGUCCCCCAGCUAUUCAAGGUAUUCCUGCAGCACAUGGCAAGCCUACGAGUUACUCCAUAAGGGUAGACAAUACAGUGCCACUUGUCACUCAGGCCCCAGCUGUGCAGCCCCUGCAGCUCCGACCAGGAGUUCUCUCACAGCAGACCUGGUCUGGUAGAACACAGCAGAUGCUGGUACCUGCCUGGCAACAAGUAACACCCAUGGCUCCUGCUGCUGCGACACUAACUUCUGAUGGUGUGGCUGGUUCACAAAGACUUGGAGACUGGGGGAAAAUGAUUUCUCACAGCAAUCACUACAACUCAGUGUUGCCACAACCUCUUUUAACCAAUCAGAUAACUUUAUCGGCCCCUCAGCCUAUCAGUGUGGGUAUUGCACAUGUUGUCUGGCCCCAGCCUGCCACAACUAAGAAAAACAAACUGUGCCAGAACAGAGGUAUUUUGGUAAAACUUAUGGAAUGGGAGCCAGGAAGAGAGGAAAUAAAUGCUUUCAGUUGUAUGUCGGAUGAAGAACAAGAAAGUGGUUGUGAUACUGUGGAUGGCUCUCCAACCUCAGACUCCUCCGGGCACGACAGUCCAUUUGCAGAGAGUAGUUUUGUGGAGGACACCCAUCAAAACACAGAACUGGUUAAUAAUACCUCUGCUGACACAGAAACCAAGCCGGCUGUUUGUACUGUUGUGGUACCACCAAUGGGAAUAGACAGUGGAUUAAAUGCAGAAGAGCAUAUGGCAAAUCCAGAGUCUACAUGCCAGCCAUUACUAAAAGGACGAUCUGCCCCGGGAAGAUUAAAUCAGCCUCCUGCAGUGGGAAAUCGUCAGCAAAAAUUGACAUCAGCAUUCCAGCAGCAGCAUUUGAACUUCAGUCAGGUUCAGCACUUUGGAUCUGGGCAUCAAGAAUGGAAUGGAAACUUUGGACAUCGAAGACAGCAAGCUUAUAUCCCUACUAGUGUUACCAGUAAUCCAUUCACUCUUUCUCAUGGAAGUCCUAACCACACAGCAGUACAUGCCCAUCUGGCUGGAAGUACACACCUUGGAGGACAGCCCACUCUACUUCCAUACCCAUCAUCAGCUACCCUCAGUAGUGCUGCACCAGUGGCUCACCUUUUAGCCUCUCCAUGUACCUCAAGACCUAUGUUACAGCAUCCAACUUACAAUAUCUCCCAUCCCAGUGGCAUAGUUCACCAAGUCCCUGUGGGCAUAAAUCCCCGUCUGUUACCAUCCCCAACCAUUCAUCAGACUCAAUAUAAACCAAUCUUCCCACCACAUUCUUACAUCGCAGCAUCACCUGCGUAUGCUGGAUUUCCACUGAGUCCAACAAAGCUCAGCCAGUAUCCAUAUAUGUGAAAAGUCGAAACAGUAUAUAUUGAGGAAGCUCAAUGAUACAAACAUUUGAUUAAAAAAAUAAAAACAUGGUAUUUAAUAAAUAUUAGCCAUGGCACAAGAAAAUUAUUUUUGAAUCAUGUAGACUUGGGUGCAAUUUAAACAACUUUGAGCUUUAAAAAAAAAUCUCACUUUUAAUGUGUUUUGCACAUUUGGUAUAACUUGUCUUUGGUCAUGUUAUCUUCUUAUGUAGUAACUCUAGACAGGUGACUUAUGGGAGCAGAAGUCCAGUUUUGCUCCUGCUAUUUUUUAUAAAAUUGCCUUCUAACUAGUGCAAGACACGUCCACAUUUGGGAAGCCAUUCUGUGUACAGACUUAGAGCAACUGAUGCACAUAUGUCAGAAUUACAGCAUACAAGUGAAUUGUAUUAUCUGUGUCUUAGUGUAUAAAUGUUGGGUCACUUAACCUAAGAAAUUGAGCUAUUGUUCUUUACAUUUGCAUGUGUCUUUUGCAUGGGCAAAAUGUUGCCUAGACUUUGCUCUUAAUGUUGUUCUAAUAAUCUCAGCUGCAUUGUAAACCGUUUCCACACAUAGUGCCUUAAAUAUUUGAGGUUGUUAAUGUUAUUACCUAUCUAUAAAUGUUGAGGACUGCAGCACUUAAAAUCCAGACCUACUCUUUAGUUUUCUUUUGAUAGAGUAAUGUUCACUUUUGGUUUUGUGUGGUAUGAUUUCAGGUGGUAGCUGUUUUUUCCUUAUUAAGGGGGCAGCAUGUUUGCUAUAGAAGAAAUCUGCUGUCUGAUUUUUUCAGAAUGAUCUAGCUUCAAGAAAAGCAAGCAGUUAGUAGUGCUUAAGAGAAAUUGAUUCAGUAUCUAAUGGAUAGUUGGUAACUGUCACAGCACAGCAUUUUAUAUACUGUUAAAUGAAACAGCAAUACAAUCUAAGUUUAUUUUGGGCGUGUUUGCUGUACAAUUGGACUUGAUGAAAUGUUUAGAGGUGAAGUAGGCAUGACUUUGAAUAGAUAAUGAGAGACAAUGCGAAAUGCUCAUUGAUUCAUGAUGUGGUUUCAUCUUAGCUUGGGCAAACCAUGCAGUAUUUAAUAAAUAGUAGCAGAAUAUUUACUAUUGAAGCUUGAAAAGAUGUGAGUUCUUUGUGUGCAAUUUUUCAUUUAUGCAUGUGAGAGGGUUUCGUUUUUUGGUUAUUUUUUAAAAGUAUUUUUACAUUAUAGUACUUGUUUUGCUUGUUGGUGGUGUUUGCUUAUUUAAUACAUUCCGUCAGGGACAGAAAUUACAUGCUUUUUUUCCUAGGAAGUGUGUCUUGGGUUUUUCCCUUCCUUCCCCCACCUUGGUGGUGAUGGUGGUGAUGUUUAAAUGAAGUUGCUUUUACAGCACCAAAGACUUAAUCAUCCAUUUCUUAUAUAAAAGGUAGCUAACUUUUUUGCAUAGACCUCAAGUAUAUUGUAGUGUAGAGGUGGGAUUUAAGGAAAGGUAUUAAACUGAGGCUUUGUUUUAGCUUACAGGCAAGUAAUAAAUUGUAUCAUUUAUCUUGAAUGUAUCAUAGAUAAGCUGCUAUAUAACGAUUGCCACUUCAGAUAGCUGUGAAAUUAGAUGAUUAACUAGUUGUUACUUAGCCUUCUAAUUUCUGUAUAAAUCUAACUACAUGAAAUAGAAGUUGGGGUUUUGAUUUUUUACUUUGCUUUUCUGUUUGGAGUGUCAUUGUAACUACUGUAUUGUAAAUGAUGGAAAAUAAUUGCAUAUGUUAUUUUGGGGUGUGUUUUUGCAUCAGUAUUUUAUCUCUUAAUGUUUGUGCUCAUCACUGCAUAUAAAAUCUUGGAUGUAUCAGUGUAACUUAAUUUUUUAUUUUCAUACUGGCAUUGUAGACACUUGAGAAAGCUGUAUCUUGCAGGCUUGACUUAACUUUUUUUUCCUUAAAAAUCUGGAAUAUAAUCUUACAGCAUUUACUGGAAUAAACAGUACAAAGCAUUUGGGUGUAAAACUCCCCAAAUGUUUUGGAUUUACAGCAUUUCUUUAGUAAAUGAAUUGUAUACCACUAAUACAGCAUUGACGAUAAGCUAAUAAUGGAUAAACUUUUCUUUACUCCAUUAACACAAAGCAGUGUUUUAUUUAAUAAUCAUCGAUGGAAUAAAUGUGCCUGAAAUUGAUUUUAAAAAUCACAGUAUUAGAUCAUAAAAUAAAAACCAGCAGUACAUUUUUAGUCACACUGAAAAUGAAGGACUUAAUUUUCCCCAUGUUUCAGUGUUUUUAGUAAUCAAUUCUAUGCAUUUUAUAUAAACAGAAAACAUAUAACACAUAAAAGAGUAGGCUAAGAUUAAUUUAAAAGAUGAUUUACACAUGACACAUUUAUGGAAUCACUAUUUGAGUAACUUUGCGGCCCUCCACAGCCUUCUAAUUUUAUUUAUAUGGUCUAGCAGAUUACUGGUAUCUUCUUGGAAAAGAAUCAAUGCUGCCAAUGGAUGUUUCAGAAAUACUAAGUGAAAAAGAUCGAUCAGCUCACAACAGGUACAAAGCUGGCGCCAUGUGCUUUUUGUUCAGGGCUGUUUGCUACCUUGAAAUGAGGUAUUUUCUGCAUUUCAGUUCCAAGACUGAGGUAGUCUUGUUAAAGUGACCAUAAAUGGUAAAGGUUAACAUUCUCAUACUACAACUGUAAUGCUUGUUAAAGGCAUACGCUACUCUUAAUUAAUUGCAAUCAUGGACUUUAUUUUUAAUGUGCUUAAACAUUUCAAACUUCAAAAUCUUGCUGAAGACUAAAUUUCACACUGACAAACACAUCUGGAUCUAUGCCAUCUUUAGACCAUUUUAAUCCAUUAUCUUUGGUUUUAAUGCUUUCUUAAAUAAAACACUGCAUGAAUUUUAAGCUGCAUAUUUGCAUACUAUUUUAAUUUGCAAAUGAUUUUAUCAAUUCUGAUUUUUAGAUUAUUUUCCUUCAGGGUAUUUAAUUAAAUAUGCUUCUAUAUAAGCAAAACCUUUUUGUUUUAACAAUCUUUACUGCUAAGUUUAAACUUGGUUUGUGUUAAGUACAAGUUAAAUCAUACACUGCAAGGUGUAGAAAGAUUUUGUUUUAAUGAACCCAGUAAUAUAGAUUUGAUUACUAAGUUUGAACUGUUAGCUGUUCAACAAUUUUAGACUUGUGGCUUUCUUUGAUUUGUUUGUUUUUGCUCUUACUUUUAUGCUACACUAGUUUGCCAUGUAGCAAUUGCACUGUGCAAUAUUACAAUAAGGACUGGGAAAAUUUUUAUGGAUGUAAUGUCUAUUACAGUUUGCGAUAGUAUUUCUCUCUAGUUCUCAGUGAUUUAAAUGUGACCAAGCCUUCUGUACUUUGUCACAAAAAGCGGGUUUUCCAGGUGACUAUUUUGGUGAGUGUCAAAAUAAGAAUUUAUGGUGUAUUACUGUUGAUUCACUUUGAAUUAAAAUAUAUAUAUUGCAGCAAA